AUGGAUUCACAAAAUAACCAUCAUAACCAUUGUCCAGGGCAAAAAUUGAUAACCGGUAACCAUGUCAUCAACGGUAUUAGAGAAAUGCUGCCUCAGAGCAAUAGGACGGAACUUACCAUCGAGAAACAAAACAAAUUAACCACAUUUAGACGUCAUAUGACACGCAAUGCGCCRGCGCGUAGCUACAUGUCAUCAUUGCCGUGUCCCCCUAAACACAGAACAAAUAAUGCGUGGAAAAAGCCACCACCCAUUCCGAAGCUGACGUUGCAAACUGAGUCGACAAUUAUCAAACUCAAUUGGGACGAUGGCAUCAGCUCGGGCUCAUAUUAUCGGUACGAGGCAAUAGCUGGCUAUGAACUGUUCGCGUGCGUAUUAGAAGACCGUGCUAAUGAAGUGAAAUGGGAAUAUUUGACUUUUUUAGCUGAACUCUCGCCGAGUUUUGGUCAGCGGCAGUCAAUCACCUGUGAGAUGAAAGAUUUGGUCAUAGGCUUUGAAUAUUACUUUGCUGUCCGCUCGGUGGACGUGCACGAACGACGUGGGCCCUGUGCCGUAGUAUACACGCUACUCUGA